GUUACAGGUGCAAAUAAGGGCAUUGGACAUGGAAUUGUGGAAACCCUGGCACGACAUUUUGGCGACUCCUCCGAAUGGCACGUCUAUCUGACUGCUCGGAAUGAGAAAUUGGGUAGGGUGGCAGUCGAUGGGUUGCGCGACCAGGGCCUCUCUGUCUACUUCCAUCAACUUGAUAUCACAGACCCGCAAAGCAGGCAGCGGCUGAGAAGGCAUGUGCAGGAAACCUACUCCGAAGGCAUUGGCAUCCUGAUAAACAAUGCGGGAAUCGCGCCAGCGGGACCAACGCUGGCAGAUGAGGCAAAGGAAACACUAGCCACCAAUUAUUUUGGAACAAUGGCUAUGUGUCGCGAAUUCUCGCCCCUAAUGGCCAAAAACUCCAGAGACUCUGAAUUUGGGGACUGUCGGGAGAAAGGUUGGCCCGAUUCGGCAUACUUGGUUUCAAAGCUCGGCAUUACCAAGGGAACCUUUAUUCUUGCAGAAGAAUAUAAAGAUGAUCCGCGUCACAUUCUUAUUAAUGCAGUAAGAGUGUUUUGUUCUGUCUUGUGA